AUGCCAAAUUCUCACUAUUUCGAUCAAAAUCCCCCGUUUCCUGAAGAUGUUCCUGUUCUUGAGAUUCCUCGAAUCUCCUUCCAGCAGUUACAAAAUGCUAAUCAUGCGUCAUCUGUGAGCAUGUUUGAGGCAUGCCGGGAAUAUGGGUUCUUCUUAUUGGACCUCAACCAUUCUGACGAGGGGGCUACUUUGCUCCAGGACGCGGAGAAGAUGUUCGAGCUCAUCACCGAGACUUUUGCACUUGGCUCAGAGACAUUGGAAAAAUAUGCUUAUGAUCCUCCACGAGACCUUACUGGAUAUAAGGCGACCGGUAAACUCAAGACGGAUGAUGGGAAAUUGGACUUGAUGGAAAUGUAUACCAUCAACCAAGACGACAUUGUUGGCAACCGCCAAGCGCGGAAGAAUGCAGACUCUAUUGAAAUCCGGCGAAAUGAUAUUGAACAAUUUAUGCGCCAUUCCCAUGCGAUCGUCGCAGCGGUACAAUCUCGCCUAGAUGAGCAACUGGGGAUCAGGUCCGGCACACUCAGCUCAUUGAACACGCUGGAAGAGACAUCAGACACUUCAGUACGCCUUUUGCGUAGCCAGCCAACACCAGAGCUACAAGAUAGCUCAAUCACUUUGGGCGGGCAUACAGAUAUUGGAACAAUGACACUGCUGUUCAAUGUCAUAGGGGGUCUGCAAGUUCUCCCAGCAGGCAAUGAGAAUGUGUUGGGCAAUUGGCGAUACAUUCGACCUAGGCCAGGGUGUGCGAUUAUUAACGUGGGUGACACUACCGUCGAAUGGACCGGAGGGCUUCUUCGAAGCUCCUUGCACCGCGUCAUUAGAGCGCCUGGUGAACAGGGCACCGUACCUCGACAAAGUGUCGCUUAUCUCGUCAGGCCUUGUCACAGUGCAUCAAUGUCCAGGCUGAGAGGGGGGAUAAUCCCUCCACUCAAGGAAGGAGAAGCAGAUGAGACUCGACCGGUUAGCGAUUGGGCAGCAUGGCGGUCUAAACAGAUCAUCUCUGGGGAGCUUAAGCCACAAACAAGAGGUGGAAACCCUAUUGUUCAAGGUUAA